AUUUCUCUGAAUUGUAUAAUAACACAGCUCUGUUAUGUGACUCUACUGUAUGUUACUCUUAAAGUCUAAGAAAAAUAGUAAAUACUUACUGUAAUAUAUCACGUGAUCUCAUAUGCGAAUCUUUCUUUUCUAACGAUACAUUCGCUUUGGUGCUUUUGUAAUUUCCUGGUCAGUGAAGUCUUCGGGUUGUAGAAGGUUUUAGCAGAACCUUCUAUAAUAAAAACUGGUGUAACUUGAUCAUUGACUAAAUUGAUUCAUUUGACAGCUGCUGUGAAAUGUGCAUACUCAAAUGUGAAAGAAAACGGUUUUGAUUGAAUCGGUUCUUUGAGAACGACUCUUCAAUGAACCAUUUGAGUCUCUGAGCAAAAGUUGUUGUUGUUGUUAUUAUUGUUGUUAUUGUUGUUGUUGUUUUAAACCAGUAGAUCACCUUGAUAUGAUUAUAUGCCAUAGGUAUAUUGCAGAGGUUGAAAUUGUAACCUACACAAUAUUUCUGAGUUCCAGUCUGUGUGGUGAAGUGGUGGAGAUUAGAAGGUUUGAUUCACUUAAUCGUGUAGAUCAGAAUCAAUAAACUGAGUGAUAUUAUUAUACAUCCAUCCAUCCAUCCAUUUUCUGUACCACUUAUACUACAUAGGGUCGCGGGGAGCCUGGAGUCUAUCCCAGGGGCACAGGGCGGGGGACACCCUGGACGGGGUGCCAACCCAUCGCAGGGCACAAUCGCACACACAUUCACACACUAUUAUGCACAAUUUAGAGAUGCCAAUCAGCUUAGAACAUAUUUCUUUGGACUGGGGGAGGAAACCAGAGUACCCGGAGGAACCCCCUGAAGCACAGGGAGAACAUGCAAACUCCGCACGCACAGGGCGUAGGCAGGAAUUGAACCCCCAACCACAGAGCUGGGAUAAUACUUACAGCAGGGAACUCCAGACUUACAGAGACAUUGGAGAUGUUGGAGAAAUAUGGUUUGGGGAGGAAAGUAUGAACCGUGUAAUCUGGUGGAUGGAGAAACAGAACACACCUGAAAAUGCUGCCAUACUAGACAUUGGCACUGGAAAUGGUGUCUUCCUUGUAGAACUGGCCAAGCAUGGUUUUAUGAAUCUUACUGGAAUAGAUUAUUCCAGUGCGUCAGUAGAACUCGCAACAAAUGUCCUGGCAGAAGAGGGCUUAACAAAUAUUACAAUUCAGGAGCAGGAUUUUCUGAACCUCAGCCCAGAGCUGAACGAGUUUGACUUGUGUAUAGACAAGGGCACUUUUGAUGCCAUUAGCUUGAACCCUGAAGGCAGAGAAAUGGCAAAACUCCAGUACAUGUCCUCACUGAGAGCAGCUCUAAAGCCACAGGGACAUUUCAUCAUCACCUCCUGUAACUGGACCAAAGAGCAGCUGCUGCAGAUCUUCAGCCCAGGCUUUGAGUUGCAACAAGAGCUGCCUACGCCGCGUUUCCAGUUUGGUGGUGUGACCGGGAACAGCGUCACAGCUUUGGUCCUCAAAAGACUCAGCUGACGUUAAACUUUGUUUUAAUGUGGCUUUGGAAGUUAUUUGUAAAUGUCCCACUGUCCUACCACUUUCCUUCUGUUUCUUCCACACAUGCAUAAUAAUAAUUAAAAAAGUACUUUAAA